CUCUGCAAGACAAACGGUACGGAAAUUCAGAGGAAAGACAUCAGUUUCUUACUCAGCAAGACGAAAGACGCAUUCGCCGUUCGAAAAGCAAUGGUGCCAUGUUCAAAGCUAAUUUUUAGAAAGUACUUUGUACCUAUAGGUUUCAUUAUUAUAAAUGUUCAUAAAAUUGACACAGUUGUAAUCUUGUGCUGAUUAAAAUCACUCAUUUUGAAAAAACAAACAAUGGUGUAGAUACGUGUAUCAUGUAUUACGAAGCAUCCAGCGUUGUUUCAAUUUAUGAGACUAUGCACUCCCCCAAGGAAAUAGGACAAGAGCGACUGUGCCGGACUGAUACUAAGAAUCUGUGAAAUUAUUAAUAUGAGAAUUUUUCAGAUUUAGUUGCAAAUUUUCAGUGAAACUUGAGCAAGGUUAUUAUCUGAUGAGCGAAAUUACUAUGAAGUUAUCAGCCGAGCAAAACGGUGUAGCCUGCGAGCAAGCUCAGAAGCGAUCCGCGAGAGCACACUCGAGGGAGCGUCUCCUUUCGCGUGCGGCUCUCAGGUGA